AUAACAUUAUCUCAUCUAAUAUCUCUAGUAAAAGAAGGAAAAAUCCAAAACUUGGAACAGAUCUAUCUGUUCUCUAUGCCAAGCAAAGAGUUUGAUAUCAUAGAUUACUUUAUCGGUUCAACUCUCAAGGAUGAGGUUCUUAAGAUUUUGCCAGUACAGACACAAACCCGUGCUGGUCAGCGUACUAGAUUCAAGGCUUUUGUAGCUAUUGGUGACAGCAAUGGUCACAUUGGUUUAGGUGUAAAGUGCAGCAAGGAAGUAGCAACUGUCAUCCGUGGUGCUAUCAUUCUUGCCAAGCUUUCUGUUGUUCCAGUAAGAAGGGGUUAUAGGGGUAAUAAGAUUGAUAAACCCCACACAGUACCAUGCAAGGUAACCGGUAAAUGCGGUAGUGUUACUGUGAGACUCAUUCCAGCACCUAGAGGAACUGGCAUUGUGUCAGCUCCAGUUCCCAAGAAGUUGUUGCAAAUGGCUGGUAUUGAAGAUUGUUAUACCUCUGCUAGGGUUUCAACUGGAACACUGGGUAACUUCGCCAAAGCAACUUUUGCUGCUAUCGCCAAGACUUACUCCUACUUGUCUUCUGACUUGUGGGCCGAUAUGCCUCUUAUCAAGACUCCUUACCAAGAGUAUUCGGAUUUCCUCGCGACCGCCAAAAAUGUUGCUGAAUGUAAUGGUAAAAUGUGGUGUGAUCACCUGCAAAAAUAA